AGCCUUUUGUACGCGGAGCCGUUGAUUAGCCAGCCCUUGACACUGGCGAAAGCCUCCUCUGGAAGCCGCGGGCGUCGUGCGGGUCCCGAUCGGCUGUGACGCCCUGAGCGGAGAGCGGGCGGCCUUCUCUAGUCUGGAACACCCCGCUUUACUAAUGGAGCUGACCUACCAAACGUUGAGAACGACGUAUCAGGCCAAAGAGGCGGAAGCGAUUCGGACAGAAGCCCGUCGAAAAAACCUUCUUAUUCUGAUUUUACAUUAUUUAACUGAAGAAGGGUAUGUUGAUGCUGCAAAGGCAUUGGAGCAAGAAACGAAGCUGAGCUUGCGACGCUUUGAAGUUUGUGAUAACGUUGAUCUUGAGACGAUUUUGAUGGAAUAUGAAAGCUACUACUAUGUCAAAUUCCAAAAGUACCCCAAAAUUACCAAAAAAGCCAUAGAUGCAACAGAUAAUAAAACCCGAAGUGGAGUGAAAUCCAAAAGGGCAGCAAGCAGCACGUAUCGGAAUCUUCCUAAAAUCACCCAUCAUCAAACAACGCAGAGGCCGGUAUCAAAGUCUGUGCCAACUAGGACUGCUGACUCCAAAUCUUCCAGCAAGGAGAGUGAAGACACUUUAAGCCGAGCAACAUCUGAGUUUGGUUUAAACGUAUCGGCAAUCCACGGAGGAGGAGGUGGAGAAGGCUCUCAUCCCAGAAGGGGCCAGAUCAUCGACUUCCGGGGGAUGAUCCAAGAUGCUAUCAAAGGGGCAUCUAAUGAAAUUGCCUUGCACAGCCUUAAUUGCAAUCCAGAUCCUUCAGAACGAUUAUUAAAACCCCUGGGUGCCUUUGUUGGAAUGACGGGUGAAAUGAGAGAACUCGCGACCGUUGUGAGCAGGGAUAUCUACCUCCAUAACCCUAAUGUAAAGUGGGAUGAUAUCAUAGGACUCGACGCAGCCAAGCGGUUAGUCAAGGAAGCUGUUGUGUACCCCAUAAGGUAUCCACAGUUGUUUACGGGCAUUCUCUCUCCCUGGAAAGGACUGUUGCUCUAUGGACCCCCAGGUACUGGAAAAACUUUGCUAGCUAAAGCCGUUGCCACUGAAUGCAAGACAACCUUCUUUAACAUCUCGGCUUCUACUAUUGUCAGCAAAUGGAGGGGUGAUUCAGAAAAGCUUGUCAAAGUGUUAUUUGAACUGGCCCGUUACCAUGCCCCCUCCACAAUCUUCCUGGAUGAACUCGAGUCUGUCAUGAGUCAGCGGGGCACUGCCUUAGGUGGCGAACAUGAAGGAAGCCGGCGGAUGAAAACAGAAUUAUUGGUGCAGAUGGAUGGCCUGGCCCGAUCAGAUGAUCUUGUCUUUGUUUUAGCGGCUUCCAACCUGCCCUGGGAACUGGAUUAUGCCAUGCUGCGCCGGCUGGAGAAGAGGAUCCUAGUUGACCUCCCAAAUAAGCAGGCCAGGCAGGCGAUGGUUGAGCACUGGCUUCCCCCGGUGAGCAACACUGGAGGAGUGGCGCUGAGGACAGACCUGGACUACACCUUGCUCAGCCAGGAGAUGGAAGGCUAUUCGGGAUCUGACGUUAAGCUGGUCUGCAAAGAAGCUGCGAUGCGUCCCAUGAGAAAAAUCUUCAGUGCCCUUGAAAAUCACCAGCCAGACAAGGGGAACUUACCUGUAAUUGAGCUGGAUGUUGUUACAACUGAAGACUUCCUGGAUGUGAUCGCUCACACGAAGCCCUCUGCUAAGAAUUUAAGCCAAAAAUAUACUGACUGGCAAAAAGAAUUUGAGUCUGUCUGAGCUGCACUUAGGUUUUGAAACCUUAAGUCAAGAUUUGAACCAUCCCCCACAAAAGGCCAUUGUAGCAAAUUCCUGUGAGCAAGGGGCUGAAUUUGUAUAUUAAAGCAAUUUAUUUUUACUUGCAAAGACAACAUCAGGAGAAACUGAACAGACCCUUCUCAGAGACGUGUGCUAAUUUUUAUUUGGGGAACCCUUCUCCAGCUGGAAGCCCUCCAUUAAGAUACAAGAACAUUUUUGCACUAGAUGUUAACAUUAAAAAAAAAUCAGCAAUUUUA